AUGGCUUUGAUUAGACAAAAAAGUUUCCAGUUUUAUUCAUCCAGCACAGCAACAAGCAGGUCCAUUUUGAUGACCCUAAGCAAAAGGUUUAGCUUUAUCAGUGGGCAGCAAAAGCCCCAAAACUGUAGCUCCAUAGCCAUGAGGAUGCUAUGUUUCAAAGAUAAAUCUCCAUACAUGUUUUGUAGAAAAAAACACAUACAACUGCAGAUACAGUCUCUUUCUCCUAAUGAAACUGUGCAUCUUUGUGGAGAUACUGGGAGCAGUCCUAAAUCUGAUAAUGGGUGGAUGGAUGAACAACUGUUUUUCAGGAAGUUGAACAGACUUUGUACAUCGAAAGAGAUUUUUGACUUUCUUAGCUCUCUGGAAAUCAUGUCUGAUACUAUGGCAUCAGGAGCCCUGCAGAGGAUUUCUGAAGUUGAGGUAGAUGACAAUGGUCUGAAAAACCCUGGAGGAGUGUUAGAAAAUGCAGUUUUCAGGGCAUUAUGCUUCCAGUUUGAAUUUGAAUCCUCAAAACUGUCAAACACCGGGCUGCUGAAUGCAUUGCAAGCUUUGAUAAAACUACGUAUAGAUCCCCAGAGUACACUGAUGGCAAACUUGCUUUCAGAGGGUGAGGAACGGCUUGGUAAAGGACAGUUGACUGUUACAAAUCUGUGCACUUUUGGAGAGAGUUUGCUUCAGUUGGAAGGCCCAAGUUGUGUGACACUGGAACAAAUUGUGAACCACAUACAAAAAAAAGACAUUGAGAAGUGGAGUGCUAGGGAAAUGGUGAUGGUUUAUAAGAUGCUGCAGGUGACUGUCAGGGAAAAGGAACAAUACCAAGACUUGCUAAACAGAAUGAACAGUGUCACUUUGACCAUAGUUUCCCAGCUGAGCCCAAAGUUCACAAGCAUAAUACUGAAUUCACUGGUUGCUCUUCAUCAGACUCAGGCAUUUCCAUUAGUGACAGCACUGUGUAAGCAUUCUGUGAAGCAUAUUCCAUAUUUCACAGGUGAUGAACUGGUGAAUGUACUGGAAGCCUUCCUAUACUUUGAACAUCGUGAACAAAUUUUUACAGAGGCACUGGAAACCUAUGUUCCCGAGUCCAUCUUCACCAUGCAUCCUCAGACAGUCAGCAAAGUCAUGCAGUAUUGCUGCCGAAAGACGAUCCUUUCUAAGCCCAUCUUUGAUGCAGUGGCAGAAGGUUUCAUUUCCAAUGCUGACAGAUUGACCACUGACCAGAUUGCUGAGUAUAUUAUACCAUUUGGGACUCUCAACUAUCUCCCUCCAAGUGCUUCUUCCCUGUUUAGGAAGCUUGAAACCGUACUGCAUACUCGCUUUAGUCAAUUUCAGCCUCACACCUUGCUGAACCUGCUGCACUCGUGUGUCCUUAUUCGACGUUAUCCAGUAAAUUUUCUGCCAAAAAUAUUUAGUCCUUAUUUUCUGCAACAGCUUCAAGCUCAGCCACCUGGUUUGGACAGAAUUGUUACCUGCCAGCUAACCCAGCUUUUUCUGACUGUUACCCUGGAGUGCCCAUUUUAUGAGGGUCCCAAACUCCUUCCAAAGUAUCAAGUAAAGGCCUUUCUCAUGCCUCACAGUUCCCUGGAUGUUCACCUCCUCAAAAGGGUGAAGACUGGAUUACUUUAUUUACUGAAAAAAAGAAUAUAUUUUGCAUCAGAGGUAUCAACACCAUAUUUCUAUACAGUUGAUAUUGAGAUUAAAUUAGAUGAAGAAGGUUUUGUAUUGCCUGCUGCCCAAUGUGAAGAGGUACACAGACGAAUUGCCCUCUGUGUUGAUGGUCAAAAUAGAUUUUGUGUUAAUAGCCACAAUCUGUUGGGAGAAGAAGCUAUUAAACAGAGACAUCUUCAGCUACUUGGUUAUGAAGUUGUGCAGAUUCCAUUUUUUGAGAUAGAGAGUCUACAGAAUUGCAGGAAAAUGGCAGAAUAUCUACACAAAAAAAUCUUUCCUCACACAUAUGGACUCAGCUGCUGACACUGGAGAAUACUACUAAAUCAGAGGUUGACCUCCUGUACUAUAAAGUGCAAAUAUUGUGCAUGGAAGAACAAUUCUGUUUUCUAAAUAACUCCACCUAUGAUAGUUUGAGCUUCUGAAUGUGAGACCUUCCAAUAUUUGGAACAAUUGACAUGUAAAGAGUAAUAAAGAGCAACAUAUUUUC